AUGUGACAGCUGCGAUUGCGUUACCUUAGCACACACAACACGCGCACGCCUUGUGCUUCGGUGUACGUAAUUUUUUCACCUGCUUUACAAUUACUCAUCGUGCGCUGGUAUCACGGUAUUACAGGAAAGGGAACAGGCAAAGUGUUGAACAGUGAACAAAACUGAUUGAUUUUAUUUUCUGUUGGACUGCACGCAACCCAUUUCCCCACGUUCCGAAACCAUCACCGGGAGAGAGAGAGAAUUAGAAGAAGACGCCUGCGGGACUACAUCAUGCACUGUUCAUUAUUUCAUAACAUUGGCCACGACAAUUACUCAUUGCUGCGUUUGCCGUUUGCGUCCGUCGCUGGUGGUGUUGGUGCGGAAGUGGAUCAAUGUGCAGCGCUUCCGAGUGCGGUGGCGUUUGUUGCGAGCAGUGUCGAAAUCGGUGCUAAAAACUGGCUUAUAAAAGGGAUGCGGUCCUGAUUAGCGCCAUCUCAUAGAUACUGGUGCAGCUGACACACGCGCGUCCCAGCAACCCGUGUGAGACACGCAGCUGGACACGCGGACAAACACGCAAAACCGAGGUGUCAAAGGGUCCUGAUUGCUGUCUUUUUUAGGCGCGAAAAGCUACACACGGAAAAAAAAGGUGUCAAGAAAGGAACAUUUAGUUCGAAGCAUUCCACCCUUCAGUUUUUGCGUUAUAUUAAGAGCGAACAAAACCAGGCUCGGUGGACCGUGUGUGGAGUGCAUAGUGUGUUCGUGAGAUUUGUGUGUGUGUGGGUGAUCUGUGUGAAAUUUUUUUUCUAGGGCGGCGCGAACAUAGUGUGCUUUGCUGUUUUCGGUGAGUUUCAUCAUUCAACCCACAUCAAGUAGAGCCACCCCCAUCAUACCCCGUCCUUCAAUCAGCCACGGUUAGGAUUACUGUUACGGGGGCACACGGUACAUCGAAGCGCACCACAUCAAACAUGCCACGAAAUCGGAAAAAGCACGCAGCCGCCGACAGCUGGCAACAGACGAACGAUCAGUCCGAUGACGAAACAUCAAACGAUAAUGCGAGUACGUACUCGUGCCAUUCGGAGACGCAGCUAGCGGAUGGUAACAACGGUAGCAUCGAGUCGGGCGAGUCGGGCGAAUCCGGCAGCAGUGGGUUCGAGAAGUACGAGGAAAAGUUGCUGCAGGCGAUCGAGAAUGCAUCGGAUAAGGCACAGCAGACGCGUAUCAAUGCGUUCCAGACGAUCAACGAGGUGCUGGUGCAUCACUACAUCCCGGACUUUCUGGACGACCGGAAGGUGACGCUGAUGGAUGCGGUGGAGAAGUCGUUGCGGCGUGGUAAAGGUGUGGAACAGUCGUGGGCUGCCCGCAUCAUACCGCUGCUGGUGAUCCAGAUUGAGGCGUUGGAAGAUAUUGGCGAGCUGGUGACGGUGUUGAAACCGGUAUUAUUGAGCACGGCACAGGACGGUUCGGCGGCGUACGAUGCACGGGCCAAGUGUUGUGCCGCGCUCGGUUUGCUUUGCUUCGUCGGUGUGGAUGAUCUCGGUGAGAUACUGCCACUGAUGAAGGUGUUGCAGACUCUGUUCGCUGGUAGCUUCCUCAAGGGUGAUAAUAGCCCGAGCGGUGCGACUAACGAUGCCGGUACACUGCACAGUGCGGCACUCAGCGCUUGGUCGCUGCUGCUAACACUGUUGCCGCCCGGGGAGUUUGUGGCACUGAUGGACGAUGGUGCCGGCACCGGUGUGGUACCGUCCGUACGCAAUCUGGUCGGUAUGCUGCAAAGCCCGAUACUGGAGGUUCGCAUGGUUGCAGGUGAAACGCUCGCACUGAUGUACGAGCUUGGCCGGCAGCACGACGACGAGUUCCUGGAGGACGAGCUGCCGAUGCUAAUCGAGGCAGCCCAAAAGCUCGCAACCGAUGCACACAAGUACAGGGCCAAGCGCGAUCGUAAGGUACAGCGUGCAACGUUCCGCGAUGUGCUCCACUAUCUGGAGGAAGACAUUUCGCCCGAAAUAGGCAUCAAGUUCGGACGGGAACUGUUGAUGUUGAGCACGUGGGCAACCCAUCACCAGUACACGUGUCUGCGCAAUGCGCUCGGGUUCGGCAUGAAUGUGCACCUGGCGGAGAAUGUGUUUGUGCGCGAGGUGCUUCAGCUCGGUCCGAAGAUGGACGAACCGGAGCGGCUGCGGAAAACGGUCAAAGCCGAACAGCGGUUCAUUAAUGCGGCCGCCUUUAAGGCACGCACGAUUUCGCGUGGGAAAAAUCGCGACAAACGAUCAUUUGCGCUCAAUUAAGUUGGGCUCUUGUUUAUCUCUGUUUUUUUUGGGUCUGUUUUCUUGUUUUUGUAGCGGGAGCGUAUCAUAUCGCUCCCCAGAUCACAACUACUUAAACCCAAUCAUUUUUAUUGCAAAUAUAGGUUAGUGAUAAGUCUUUCACGGGGGCAAUAUAGAAAAAAAACACACCUCAAAUGGCUUGGCACACUAAUAACUAGAAAGGUACGAGUACAUAUGCUCGUGUGCGCUUCGUUAAGUUGAAAUUGUUUUGUUUGUUACUGCAGCCUGCAUAUAAGGAUCGUUCUAACGUGGAGGUGUAUACCACUCCACUAAUCCAUUUUUAGCUACCGCUUAGCCAGCACCUAACGUUACGUACGGUACCCAUAUAAGUUGUUUGUUGGAGGGCGCACGCCCCAUUCAACACCCUUUGUCUUGUUUAUAUGUUACACCAAGUUUUUUUUUAAAUCCAUUGCUUUUACCUGCCUGUACCAACCGCCCCAAACCGGCGUGGCACUCUGUGGCGUUUUUUGUUUUUUUUUACGACGCAACUAGCAAAUUAGCAAAUUGACGAGAGAAGAUAGCGAAACUCUAGCAUCCGGUACAGCUAGAUUGACGGUCGGUAGAGUUAUGUCGGGUAUAUAUGUGUAGGUUUGUGUGCGUGCGUGUGUGUGUGUUUAGCAAAAAAAAAGAAGGAAUGUAUCUACUCUUAUAGCACUGUAAAUAAUCGAAACGCCGUCAUACAAAUUGAAUGCGUCCUGCCGGGUUUGUGUAAUGCAUCGUACGAACACACACUGUAGGUUGCGCGCGUAGGAUGUUGGUUUAUCCUUUUUGUUUUUUUUUUGUUUAAUUCUUUCCAAUUGUUGGGUCCGUUUUGCACGCGCGUGCGUUGCAACGGACAAGCGAAAUAUAAACGAAAUCAUUUGUUUUUUUUUCUGAAUAACCAUGUAUCAAAUGCUCAAUAAAAUUGAUCUUACAGGACGGAUUAAA